AUGACCCCACCGACUAGUUCGUCAGAUGACAAACUCAUUAUUGCUCUGGACUUUGGGACAACAUAUUCUGGCAUAGCAUAUUGCUUCACAAACCAGCGCGAUUGUACCCCUAUUUCAAUCAAGAAUUGGCCAGGGGCGGAGAGUCCUGAUGCACCUAAAAUUCCAACGUUAAUCAAAUAUGACAAGAAGAAUCCAGAUUCGUUCACUUGGGGUGCAGCGCUUAAUAACCAGAGCGACGGUAUAGUCGGAGUUAAACUUCUACUCGAUGCGAAGCAAGAUAUACCUAUCUAUCUUCCCGUGAGAAAUGUGAAGAAAGACAUCAGCGCACUGCCAAAACCGCCUGUUGAAGUCGCUGCCGACUUUAUUGGCGCCAUCUAUGGCCACGCAAUUUCUGAGAUCUCGAAUAAGUUCUCAAAGGACUACGUGGCUCUCUGCCAUAAAGAGUAUGUCCUAUCAGUUCCAGCUGUAUGGUCUGACGCUGCGAAGGAUGCUACACUAAAGGCAGCUGAAAUGGCAGGGUUGAGUCCUGUUCACUUGAUAAAGGAGCCAGAAGCUGCUGCCUUAUGGACUGCCAAGAAGAUGGAUCGUAGAUUGAACAAAAAUGAUUGUUUCGUCGUUUGUGAUGCUGGUGGAGGCACCGUGGAUUUGAUCUCAUAUCAAGUCGAAGCAGCGCUUCCCAGGCUUGAGGUCAAAGAGAUCGUUCCAGGAACGGGUGGCAUGGCCGGGUCCCUGGGGCUAAACAAAUUAUUUUCCAGCGAGGUCGAGAAUUUGGUAGGGGAAGAUCAAUGGCUUCAACUGAAGAAAAGCAGAGCUUUCCAUCUAGCCAGUAAACAGUUUGAUCGGGAGAUCAAAAGGUCUUUUCGAGGGGGGGUUGAAGAAGAGUACUUCGUUAACUUCCCAACCGCUAAAUUGGAAGAUGAUCUGGACUGUGGUCUCGAAGCGAGUACCUGGAGACUGACUGGGUAUGCUAUUCCUGCGUUUCAUUGUCGAUAUUUCAGAAUUAACAAGUUCUCACAUGCUAGAGUCGAGCUCAAGCGAAUCUUUGACCCCCUUAUCAAUGACAUCAUUAGACUUAUCAAUGAUCAGGUCCAAAGGAUACGAUUGAAACGAAUGGAUGAUGGUAUCAAGGGCAUUUUUCUUGUCGGCGGUUUUGGAAGUAAUCAGUACUUGAUAGAAAGGGUGCGAAAAGAUCAACCAAACAUUGACAUUCUGCAGCCACCUGAUGCCUGGGCAGCUAUUGCAAAAGGUGCAGCCCUCUCCAGAUUGCCAGGUGAGGCAAUUGUGACGAGUACCUCCGCAACACGCCACUACGGAGUGCGAUCGUGGCAUGUGCAUGAUCCUGUUCUCGAUGCUGGUCAGCCAACUAUGAUAUGGCGUGACGGUACUACAAGGUCACAAUGUAUGACAUGGUACAUCAACAUUGGUGAUAAUCUUGUCCGGGACCAAACAAUCAAGUUUUCAUUUUGCUCAGACUUGAACAGUAUAGACGACCCCUCAUGGCUCAUUUUACACAACACUCUUUUCGAAUGCGGGGAGAGCACCUCGGCAUCCUUUAACUAG